CUGCCUGAACGCCGCCGCCUGUCAUCAUCACAACUCAUCACAUUCAGGAUUAUCUGUUGGGUAUUUUACCUUUAUUAGACGGUGCAGUGAAGAGGUGGACAGGAAAUGGAGGUGCUGCUAUGGACCUGGAAGACGAGCCGUCACUAUUUCAGACCAGCUGGGGAGGGGAGGAUGAGGAAGGGCAGCAGGAGGAAGAUGAAGCAGCAGCACAUACAGCAGGGAGGAGCUGCUCCUCCGGGGACAGUGGGUUGUGUGGUGUGUGGAGGGCAGUGGCAUUUGUAUACACAACGCCCUUAGCCAGUGGAAUGGUUUUGGGGAUAGGUGUGUUACUACCUUGUGCCCUGUCUGCCUACAUGUUCCUCUACUGCCCCCCACUGGACAUAGACCUCUCCUACAGUGCGUUCGAGGUUCACAGUCACUUCUCUGCAGAACGCUUUGACGCCCUAACCAUCGCCAUAAAGACCCAACUGGGCUCCUGGGACAGAAGCAGGCGUGACUUAGAUGACGGUGCUCUGCGGAGUCUUCUGCUGCAGAGGCUUGGUACACAGGACGGUGGACUUAGGACAGAUAAUGAGGGGGGGAACCCCACCUCACUCCCAAACAACCGUCAUGAAAAGGAAGGUCCUGCACUGAGCAGAGAUGAGAGAACAGUAGUGGCUGAUUUGAGUCAGGGAGAGACAGAGAGGCAUGGGAACUCAAGGGCAAGUCAAACAAAGGAGGAAGAAAAGAGACCAGAGGACAGGAACGUGACUGCGUCUGCUGUCAGGAGGCGCAGGUAUGCUCCCACUUACUCCUACCUGCAGAGCCAGGCGCUUUGGAGGAUCGAGCUGGUGUUUGUUGCCCAAGGGGAGGGCGACCGCAACAUCUUCACUCCUGACCGUCUCCAAACCAUCCACCACGUGGAGCGCUUGCUCAUGCAGCAUCCCCAGUUUCAUCAGUUCUGCUGGAAGCCCCUAGAGGUUUUGAGAGACCUCCCACUAGGGCCAUCCUACUGCUCCCCGCCCAGCUCCCUCUUGUCUUAUCUCUUCCCCAGCGAACGGGGAGGGAAAAUCUAUUAUGACGGCGUGGGCCCUGACCUGGCUGACAUUCACGGUUCUCUGAGUCUGGCUAUCACCCACCCACAGUUUUACUGGUAUGUGGAUGAGAGUCUGUCCCCGGAGCGUCUCUCCUCCUCUAUCUUACGCAGUGAGAUCCACUUUGGCGCCCCCCUUCCAUCUUACUACUCCCUCCAGGACCGGGCUGAAGAACAGAGGAGCCGCUUCAAAAGCUUUGUGGUUCAGUAUGCUAAUAUCCUGGCCAAGCAAUCUACCAGCCAGGUCAAGGUGCUGUAUGGUGGAACAGAGCUGUUUGACGACGAGGUGAGACAUAUCUUCUACAAUGACAUGAUGCUGGCGGUGAUCAGCGGAGCCUGCAUUACUGUGCUGGUCUAUGUCCUGACCUCCUUUUCAGUGUUUCUGACUUUCUUUGGGUUGGCUAGCAUUGGCCUGAGCUGCCUGGUGGCUCUUUUCUUGUACCAUGUGGUCUUCGGUGUGCGGUAUCUGGGCAUUCUCAAUGGAGUGGCGGCCUUCGUCAUCAUCGGUAUCGGCGUGGAUGACGUAUUUGUCUUCAUCAACACCUUCAGACAGGCAUCUCAUCACCUUUGCCCUGUGCAGCGUAUGAUCUACACUAUUAAAACAGCCGGCCGAGCCACUUUCCUCACCUCCUUCACCACUGCAGCCGCCUAUGCUGCCAACACCUUCUCUCAGAUCCCCGCCGUGCACGACUUCGGCCUAUUCAUGGCCCUCAUUGUCAGCUGCUGCUGGCUGUGGGUUUCCAUCCUGAUGCCGGCUGCCCUGUGCAUUUGGACCCGGUGUGUAGAGGCCAGAGAGUACGCCUGGCUGAAAUGGUGGAAGUCGUUUGCCGGGCCCCAGUCAGCGAGCCACGGUCCUUUGUCGGAUGAGGAUGAUGAUGUGGCGCUUUUGUCAGUGGAGAUGGAGCCAGGUUCCUCUGACACAGAGGGGGAUGCAGCCAUUCUGUCCCUUUCAGUGGACACACCUCUGUCCACCCCCGGGCAACACAGUGUGGGUGUGGUGAGCACAAAUCUCCAUCGGGCCCUGGAGCACUUAGUGGCAGAGCCGGCCGUGGAGAGACGCAAAGCUAUUCUAGGUGUCUACCUUUUAGUUUUGCUUUUGUCUGCCGGCUGCUGCUGUCUGCUGAGGCCUGCCACUCACGCGCCGCUGCUGUUUCGCCCGGACACCAACCUGCAGACUCUGCUGGCGCUGAGAAACAACCUCAGCGGACAAGGGAUCUCCUGCCCCAUGUGCUCUGGUUUGUUCAUGGAGAAGCCCCACUCUUUGUACACCCCUGCUCGCACCACCACCCCGGCACAGAGGUCAUCCCACAGCCAGAAUACCCAAAACCAGAACCCGAUAAAACCGGGUUUUAUCUUCAACGUGACAGGCCCUCUACUGACAGUAUACGUCUCAAAGUUGGAUCUAGGAGUCUCCGUCACACUGUACCACUUCUCUCUUAACACCAGUGUUACCUUACCGUGGAAACUGCUGAGCCCAGAGAGCGGAGAAGUGUCAUUUUUUCAGGCUUAUGCUCAGCCCCACGGCAACUACACCACCCACAUGAGAGUGUGCGUUUCCCGUGAAUACCGCCCCCACCCCAGCUGGAUGAUCACUUCCAGCGCGUGCGACUCCCACCAUGGCUGGGAGUCAGAGUUCUCCUUCUACGUGGCGUCGUCUCAGCAGCAGCACAGCAGGAGACUGUACUACGCCCAGCACCGGCUGAGACCUCAUCCUAGUCGAGUGUGCACCAAACCACCUGGCUGUGGCGUCAGCUCUGGGCCUGAUGGGCCCACACGGGGCACUUUGUACACCCCUCUCCCUAUUGAUGAUGUGUUGGCUUCCAACACGAGACAUCCGUCCAAAACCUUGGGCUUCAACCCGUGUAGCGGCGGUGUGUGCGGCCGGCCAGCGGUGCGUCCCCUGGUCGACACAGGGGCCAUGGUUUUCGUGGUGUUCGGAAUCCUGGGGGUUAACCGAACCAAGCGCACCGACAACCACGUCAUUGGAGAUAUGGGCAACAUUAUAUUGGAUCCAGAGUUUGAUAUUUUCCAAGAGAUGGGGCACCUUUGCAAAAUCUGUAAAGCCAUUAGUGCAAAUAAGCAACUUGUGAAGCCGGGAGGAGCCCAGUGUCUGCCGUCAGGCGACAAGCUGUCCUCCAUUUUGCCCCUGCUCCAUCCUGAGUGUCGCUCUCUCCCUGAGCCCAACCUGCUACCGGGGCAGCUGUCUCACGGAGCUGUGGGGAUACACAGAGGCAGGGUCCGCUGGCUGUCCAUGGCUUUUGAGUCUACCACGUACAAGGGGAAGUCCUCCUUUCAGACCUACGCAGACUUCCUCCAGUGGGAGACCUUCAUCAAGCAGCAGCUCGCUUCCCUCCCACAAUCCUCUGCGCUGCAGAGAGGUUUCCAGACGUGUGAGCACUGGAAACGCAUCUUCAUGGAAAUCAUAGGAGUGAAGAGUGCCCUCUGGAGUCUACUACUGUCUCUGGCCAUCUGCGUGGCAGCUGUGUCGGUGUUUACGGCCCAUCCCCUUCUGCUGCUGCCCAUUCUCCUGACUAUUCUAGGAGUGAUCUGUCUCGUGGUGGCAGUCAUGUACUGGUUGGGCUGGGAGAUGGGAGCAGUGGAGGCAAUCUCCCUGUCUAUUCUCGUGGGCUCAUCGGUGGAUUACUGUCUGCACCUGGUGGAGGGUUACCUGCUGGCUGGGGAGACUUUGCCGUCCACACCUGGAAUUGGUUUGGACGACCCAACCAGGAGGCAGAAGCGGACCGUGGAGGCAGUGAACCAUGUGGGUGUUGCCAUAGUGUCCAGCGCUGUCACGACAGUGAUCUCCACCGUUCCCCUCUUCUUCUGUGUCAUUGUGCCUUUCGCCAAAUUUGGCCAGAUAGUGGCCAUUAACACGGCCAUCUCCAUUCUGUAUACCCUGACUGUGACUGUGGCCAUGUUGGCAUGCAUGGCCCCUGCCAGCUUCACCAGACCCCCCGGGGCCGUUUUCAAGGCCAGCUUGGCUGUGUUGUUGACGACAGCCUUGGGAGCUGCCCUGUGCUGGGCAGGAGGACAGCUGGGAGCACUGGCCUGGCAUACAGUCGCCUUGUAAACGCGGUUGUCCCUCAGCCACUGAUGUGUAUUACCUCUAGAGCCAAACUCAGAGUCCCAACUCUCAACGCUGUCCUCUAUUCCAGGAUAAGGUGGACUUACCAUCCAAGUAAAAUGGUGGUGUACCUUACAGCACAAUGAUGUCACAGAUUUUUUGUUGUUGCUAUAUUUACAAAGAAGAGUUGUUACAUUGUAAUAACACACC